AUGUAUAAGCUGGCCUCCUGCUUGCUUUUCAUAGGGUUUUUAAAUCCUCUCUUAUCUCUUCCUGUCACUGACUCCAGCGACAUGUCCCCUCAGCUCUCAGCUGGUGAAGAUUCAAGAUUGACUCUAGAUAUGCUGGAAAGAGCUUCCCUUCUGCGGAUGAGGCCAGAGAUGCUGAGUGCACAGAGAGGCAAUGGUCUUGGGGAAGCAGAUCCUAGUACCAACACUUUCAACCCAAGAGGAACUCCCAGAAAGUUUCAGGCUUUCUCUGAACAAGACCUGAAGGUUUUACUGAGUCACCUUUUGGCUGGAACCAGGAAACAGUAUAAGAAACAUGGGAUUCCCUCUGAAUGCUUCUGGAAAUACUGUGUAUGA